GCGAACAGCGUGUAGCGGGGAUGUCAACAACAUCGGUCAGUGGGUCAGCCCAAUGGGGAUACUCAACCUCGGAACGGAACCUCACACUUCAGGACUGACAUUUGCCAUUGUUCAUUCCGGCUGUCCACAGGCGUCUCGUCUCUGUGCCGGGGAACCCGAUGAACUAUGAUCACCACGGAGGCCGCAAGGGAGCUCCAGGUCAAGGAACGCAAACACAAAGAGCAGCUGAGGAGAUGUUUAUCAUCGGCUUUAUCUGCAGACCUUUACAGGUUGCUGCAGGAGGAGCUGGAGGCCGAUGUCGCUCUGUCUGCUGCGUCUGGCUCUCUCCGAGCUCACAGGGCCGUGCUGUUGGCCAGAGCUCCUCAUGUCCUGCGUGGGCAGACGCACAAAGAUCCCUCCAUCGUUCACCUGUCCGGCUAUGAGCUGUCCGGGUUGAAAGAUUUCCUCAGGCGACUGUACACAGCGGAGCAGAGCCUACGCUCGUCUGAAAUAAACCCAGACACGGAGGGCUCGGUACCGAAAAGUGAUUCGCCUGUUCCCGAUCCGGUAGACCUUCAUAGCUCCUCUGACUCAGGCGCUGCUCUCGAGCCGGCCUCGGGCCUCGGAGCGGACUUGCUGGAUCUGUACCAGAGGGGGGAGCAGUGUGACAUCACCAUCCAGGUAGCAGACCAGGUCUUCUCCUGCCACAGGGCAAUCCUGUGCGCGCGGUCCCAGUACUUCCGAGCCAUGCUGAGCGGGAGCUGGAUGGAGAGCUCCAGACAGCGCAUCACUCUGCAAGGUUUAGGCCCGGAUGAGAUGGAGAUCCUGCUCCAGUUUAUGUAUGGAGCCAUUGUGGAUCUGCCGCCUGGAGCCAGUGCCAGUCAGGUGGUGUUGGCAGCAGACAUGUUGGGUUUAGAGGGACUGAAAGAUGUGGUGGAGAUGGUUCUGACCCGAGACUACUGCCGCUUCUUCCCCAAGCAGCCGAUUGACGGGGUUCAGAAAACGGUUCUCGAGUGCCUGUCGCUGACGCACACCUUAGGCCUUCAAAACCUCCACAUGCUGUGUAAGAGGUGGGUGGCUGAUCACUAUGUGAAGACCUGGUGCGAGAGGAACUUCUCCCUCUUGUCCCCGGAGCUCCACGUCGCCUGUCUAACGGCCGUAGCUGAAACCAUGACGGUGCAGAGCGCGGUGACGAUGCUCUGUGGCACCGAGCAGUUGAUCGGCAGCCUCCCCGAAGUCAAGUGGGCCCAGCAGGUGAGGAGUCUCGCCACAGAGCUACAGGAUGAGAGCCUGCAUGUCAUCGUCCAGCAUCUCCCCGGAGUCAUCCUCACUCGGGCCUUCCAGGACCUCUGCAGGAGGGAAGAGAUCACCCGCGAGCCCACGUUGUUGAAGAAGCUGUGUUCGGCCAUCCGAGAAGGCGUGACCGUCGACAACUGCUGUGAUCUUUACGCUGCGGUGCACUCGCUGUGGGGAGAUGGCGUGGAGGAGGAAGGGGGCCAAAAACGAGAGGAGCCGUUCAGGCAACAGAUUUGUACGCUGCGCAGUCGGCUGUGGACCUUCCUGCUUCAGACCUUUUACGCCGUCCGCCACACGCAGGGAUGGGAGACCCUGUCCUCCAAACACAGAGAGAGGAUACUGGCAGAUGCCAUUGAUAAAGGGGACAAUCGAAGACUUGGCAAAAAGCCUGUAUUUACUAGCUCGCAGUCGAGGGCUGUAAAAUGCCCUUCGUCUGCACCUGAGAGUCCUCCUGUGCACAGGACACAGAGGGUGUCCGAGAACAACGCGACAUCCGUCUCCCGCAGUGCCGCGUCGGCCAUGAAGUCUGACGAGACGGCUACCAAACCGGUAGAGGGUCACGCACCCAAGGCCAAGAAGCCGGGAGAGCGGAGCGCGGCGGCAAAAGCAAAGGCGCCGUCGGCCGCCGCGCCGGUCGUCAACGGCACAGGUGCCGCGGGGGCCAGGCGGGACGUCGCCAGCGCCAACGGCCCCAGAAGCUCAUCGCAUGGCGCCAGAGAGCCAGAAAAGAAGUCGAACUCCGGCGCGAGGCCGAAAACAUCUCCCCCGAGCUACACGUCGACGAGCCAGACCGGAGCCAUGAGGGCUCAGAAGAGCUCGGCGGGAAAGGCGGAGGGCUCCGUUGGGACCGGCAAAGCUCAGGCCAGCACCUCAUCCACAUCAGGCAGCGCCUCGCCAGAGAACGGCGCCAGCAGCCCUCGCAACGACACCCACUCCAUCCCAGGUGCGAAGCCCAGACACCAGGCCAAGGCGGUGACCAAAUCCCCCCUCACGAAACCUCCUCAGAAAUCCGAUGCAGCAAAGAUCAGCAGUCCUACCAAUAAGUCAAGUGUGAGAGAAAGUGCCAAAGUAAAGACCGGAGGGACGGCGGCGAAGGCGGACGCCAAGGGGAGAGGCCCACCGGACCACCAUGUCUCCAAGCACGGGUCCUCCGUGAAAAAGCCAUCCUCCCCCAGGAAAGAGGACGGCAAAGAUGGUUUGAAAUCCUCCGCGGCGGACAAAGCAGCCAGCGAAGCUCAAAAGAAGAAGAUCACGAAACCCGCUUCGGCGAUUGGAGCGUCCGUUAAAUCCAGCGCUAAACCACCAAAGGCCUCUCAAUCCCCCUCAAAGCAAUCAGCGGCGGCUGCCAAGUCUGGACCGAAGCCGAAAAGCGCCACUGAUUUAUCCGCGGAGAAAGCUUCUCCGAAAGCUUCUCCGAAAGCUUCUUCCAGAACCUCGGCUUCGUCGGCCUCAAAGAAAUCUGGAACGAAAGGGAAAGAGGCGACGAACGGUCAGAAUUCAGACGGUCAGAGUGAGCUCGCGCCAGCUGAAAACGCCGCCGGGCAUGUCGCGGCACAUACAGGAAGCACAGAGGUAGCGCUCUCUGACCAGCCGGCACAGACGACCAGCCAGGGCGGGGGGGAUUCACUCCGCCUUAAACUAGAAGCGAGCCCUAAGCAGAGCCCGCGGAAGUCUGAAGCCCAGUCACGGAACGCCACGAGUUCCCCGGCGGCCCACAAACCGCCCCAUGGCAAAGAUGCGACCGCAGACGCUCGCCGACCGGCCGACGGGGGUAAAGCCAGACGGUCUCCGAGCGGCGUCCUCCCAGUUCACAUCAGCGGGGUUCGCGAGGUCGGCUCCCCGAACUCUUCCUCCAGAGACGCGGAGCCCCCCCCGGACGGGACGCCCUGCGGCGCCGGAAGCACCGGCGCUCCCGGAGAGGACUCCUCCUGGAGCGGCGGCCACCACCAGGUCAGCCCGGAGUCAGAGACCGGCAGCACGCACACCACGUCCUCCGACGACAUCAAGCCCCGCUCGGAGGACUACGACGCCGGCGGCUCGCAGGACGACGACUGCUCCAACGACAGGGGCGUGUCCAAAUGCGGCACCAUGCGCUGCCACGACUUCCUGGGCCGCAGCAGCAGCGACACCAGCACCCCCGAGGAGCUGAAGGUGUGCGACGGCGGCUUGAGGGUGGAGGUGCGGCUGCGCGGGCGGGAGGCGGAGACCACCAGCGAGGAGGAGGCGGCGGCGAGGCAGCACCCUCGCUCCUGGUUGCACCGCGACGAGGUCCAGGAGGAGCACUCCGAGGUCCAGGCCUCUGGGAAAAGCGUGCCCGACCCGCAGCGCUUUUCCUCUGAGGAGGAGGACGAAGAUGAGGAGGCAACGGAAGACGAGAGGUCCAAAGUCGAGGUGGUUCCGGGCCCGCCGCCGCCGACCGAGCCCUCGCCGCUGUUCCAGGGCAUCGUCAACCUGGCCUUCGACGACGACGCCGCGAACCAGGAGAGCGAGCCGCAGCCCGACUACCAGUCGACGUCCGGCUUCCGCCGCUCGGUGUUGCUCUCCGUCGACGAGUGCGAGGAGCUGGGCUCGGAGGAGGGCGGCGUCCAAACUCCGCCCCGGCGGCCCGACGACGGCGCGACCCCCUGCGACGUGUUCGAGUCCGACCCGCCGGCGCCCCGGACCGACCGCGGCGAGAGCGAGAAAUCCCCCGUGUUCCUCACGGAGAUCCGAGAGCCGGCGCGGGCGGAGGGCGGCGACGGCGGAGGGAAGCCCGGGGGCCCGCCUCUCCCAGACGCCGACGCCAGGGAACUCCCUCCCCAGGAGCGCCCGUGCCACUUGGACCUGCGGCACGCCGAACAAUACAACGGAGGGCCGCGCAGAAAUCACGCCAAUCCCUCAGAGAGCAAGAAAGCAGAUUUACAUCUAGACUUAAAUGAGCCUCAGCUGACAGGCGACUCUCCUGUAAACGAUGCACAAUCUCCAGCAGGGGACAAUGGUUGUGACAGAUUGGAUCAAACCUGCAAACAUGAGCGCCGGCCGUCCAAAGCCCUCUCUCCCAUUUACGAGACGGAUGUGGGAGAAGCGUUUGAGCGCUGCCCGGACAGGGACGUUAGUGUGAAGGAAGAGGAGCGAAGCGGGGUCGGGGUCGGCGGCGACGACGACGAGAACGAUGGGUUCGCCGAGCGGGACUGGAGCCUGCUCAGGCGGCUUCUCGCGGACCGCGAGUCCAACCUGGGCGUCAUUCACCCCGUGCCCGAGGAGCUCAACCUGGCCCAGUACCUGAUCCAGCAGACGCUGUCGCUGUCCCGCGACUGCCUGGACGCGCGGGGCUUCCUGUCCCCGGAGACCUUCAAGCGCUGGGCGGAGCUCAUCUCGCCCAUGGAGGACUCGUCCACCAGCAUCACGGUGACCAGCUUCUCCCCGGAGGACGCCGCCUCCCCUCAGGGGGAGUGGACCAUCGUGGAGCUGGAGACGCAUCACUGACUGCACAAUGAGAGAGAGAGGACAGUUCACACCGUCUCUCCAAACUUUGAACGUCUGUACAUCAACUUUGUCUGAAUUCAUUAUAAUUUAUAAUGUUCUAUCUCUCUUUAUGACACGUCUUAUUUAUUUGUCUCCUGGACUCUGCAGAGCUCUGGGUUUUGCAGCAGCUUGUAUGCAUUUCUCAUCAUGCCCUCGGUCGACUGUUUUUUUUUGUGUGUGUUUUUUUGUUGGACAAAUGGGCUAUUAUGCAUGCUGAUAUUUUUCUAUGUCUGUUUAAUUGAUGUUGCUUCGAAGCUCUAGAAAAGAAUAGAGUAAGAAAAAAAGCCACUUUCUCACGGCAGUCUUCCGAGAAAAUGGUUGACGGAAGUUUCUUAAAGAAAAAAAUAAUAUCGGCCUACUGGCUUGCAUUUAGUGUCAUAUUGAAAAUAAAAAUGUGUGUUUAUUGAAGAAAAACAA